CCUGUCCCCCGUAUCAUAUCACUCGCACACCUCACACACAGCAGCACGUAAAGACAAUGCCUAGCGACCUCGACCGGCAAAUAGAGCAGCUGAAGCGGUGCGAGCCCAUAUCCGAGGAGCAGGUCAAGCGGCUGUGCUUCAAGGCGCGCGAGAUCCUGGUGGAGGAGGCGAACGUCCAAGUCGUGGACUCGCCCGUGACGAUAUGCGGUGACAUCCAUGGCCAGUUUUUCGAUCUCAUGGAACUGUUCAAAGUGGGCGGACAUUGUCCUGAGACAAACUAUCUCUUCAUGGGCGACUUCGUGGACCGCGGAUUUUACAGCGUUGAGACAUUCCUGCUUCUCCUUGCACUCAAAGUACGAUACCCCGAGCGGAUCACACUCAUUCGUGGCAACCACGAGUCGCGGCAGAUUACGCAAGUGUAUGGCUUCUAUGACGAGUGCCAACGCAAGUACGGCAGUAGCAACGUCUGGAGGUGGUGCUGCGAGAUCUUUGACUACCUUGCCCUCGGUGCUAUUGUCGACGGGCGUGUAUUCUGCGUUCACGGUGGGCUCAGUCCAAAUUUGCAGGCUAUCGACCAAAUCCGCGCUAUAGACCGAAAGCAGGAGGUCCCGCACGACGGACCCAUGUGUGAUUUACUUUGGUCAGACCCAGAUGAUAUCAAAGGAUGGGGCCUAUCUCCGCGGGGAGCAGGCUUCCUGUUCGGCGCUGACAUCACCAAGAUGUUCGCUCACCACAACUCGAUCGACCUCAUUGCGCGGGCACACCAACUGGCGAUGGAGGGCUACAAGCUCAUGUUCGACCGGACGAUCGUAACUGUAUGGAGUGCACCCAACUACUGUUAUCGAUGCGGCAACGUUGCGUCUAUUCUUGAGCUGGACGAGCAUCUCGGGCAAGAAUACAAGGUUUUUGCACACGCACCUUCGGAUGUCCGUUCGAUUCCAACAAAACGACCGCCCGCCGACUACUUCCUGUGAGCACGGGGCUGUGGCUCGACGAGUCUCACAGCGGUGGGUCCAUCAGAAGCGACAGAAGGCAAUGCGAAUUCUCGUCCGAGGCCGAGGGCCAAGUUUGCAGAGAGCAGGACACCAAUUUUCAGUAACUAUUUGCGUCGGUCUCUAUGCUAGUCCAGUUUUGGGGACCACAAAAGUUGGACAAGAAACACGAGGUUUCGACGGCCUUCUCACGCUUCGGAGAGAUCAUAUUGCAGCGGCGAGGCUAGAAGGCACACGGCGGGGCGUGUUUGGGAACAUAUCCAUAUCGCGGAAGAUUUUGAUGA